AUGUCAGAUGGAUCAGAAGCCGAAAUGGAUCACAUUCUGAAUGACAGUAACCAAGAUAAAGUGAAAAUUUCGGAAAACGUAGUCAGCGAGCUGGAAGCUUCCCUCAAACCGCAGUCUAUCGAAGAACUCAACGAGCUCCUUAUAUGGAUUGUAUACGGUGUUGAAUAUUUCGACGCUGAUGAACUAGAAGCUGCACGGUUCCUCCGUUUUGGAACUGCAUCUCUGCAGAAGCUAGAGGACAAGUUGAAAGGAAAAUAUUCUAAACUGUUUUAUAUGCACUACAAUUAUUUCGCUCUUUCACCGACUAUUGAGCCGCUUGUCAUCAAAGACAGAAAGCGACCAAGAGUCGGCGACGAUGCACCCAAGAUUUCGCUCAACAUCACUGUAACCAAUGCUGACAUCAUAACAGUACAGAACUUUCUUUGGAAUCUCUUCCAAAAGUCUAUGGUGGACAAGUUCGAAUUCGAACCUUUAUCCAACCAAAAGAGCCAUGUCACGAGGGAAAUCCAGGUCAACAUGACAAGGCUCAUAGGAGAUUACCUGGCAAAAAGACUCCCACUUCACUUAGAUAAAUUAAGCCAAGCAGACGGCUACGAUGAAAUUCUUGCAUCUGACAAAAAGGAAAUUGGUGAUGGCCUCUUUUCUCUUUUCAUCUCUGAAGAGGUUAUAGAAAGGCACUGGGAGUCAUUCAAGUCUAUUAUUUGGUUUGGCGAAGAUGACAAAGUUGAGACUUUGCGAAAAUGGCUACAGGAUCCAGGCGCAAUCAGCCAUCUGGGUAGACUCGACAAAGAUUGGCUCAAAUCUGUAAACACCAGCCAGCGGCCGAAUCGAGAAGUUCUCACUCCAUUGAUGAAGAAGAUUGCAUAUCGCUGGCUAAAAGAUCGUGCAUGGGAUACUAAUGAUUGCUUUGGCGCUCUGCGCCGCUUUUUGACGCUGAACCCGCUAGAAGAAGAGCCUGGAAAAGAAAUUAGCGUCUCGGAAGAGUUAGAGAGAGCAGAGAAAUGGUGCGAAGAAGCUCUAUUGCCAUCAAGUCUCGAUUCUCUUUGGUACGAGAGAAUGGGAGAGACUGCCAAAGCGCAGUCUGAAUACAACUUGGCGAUAUCGAAAUUCAUACGCGCUACGGAGUUGGAGAACCCAGGACUUGGCUGUUUCAAAGGCCUGGCCGAGUCAUACUAUGAAAACGAUGAGCUUCUCUCCGCGUGCUCCUCCAUGGAAAAGGCGCUUAGUUUGGUCAAAGCAGCCGAGUCGCCGGAUGAUGAAGAAAUGACACGCAUUUAUCUACGCCUUGCGAAUUGGUAUACUCAACUACAGCAACCCGAGGGAGCUAUAUCGCACUAUGAGCAUGCUUUGGAAACCUGCCCUGACAACCAAGACGCUCUCACUGGCAUAUUGACUAUUCGAAUUGACUCUGGUCCUGAAGAAAAGACCCACGACCUUAUAAUUGCCAUGAACGAGCCCAACUCCAAACAACCAGGCCUCUCUCGGCUCGCUUCAACCCUGCUCAGCCGAGCAGAGGAUUACAGCUACGAAAGUCCGCUGCGCAGUCUGAUUCUAAUAUGCAGCUCAAGACCGGAUUGCAUGGCGGUCUUGCUAGAAGCCAUGGAUCAAGCCAUCAACGCAGCGCGAGAGCAAAGGCUAGACUUCGACCUCCAGGUACUGCUGCUACAUCGAGGACUGGCCGCUAUCCAUAAAGAUGGCCAAAAUGAUGAGGCUUUAUUGCAAGCCAUAUCUCUCUGGACCGAUUGCUACAAUAUCGCGGAUCAAGCUUACAGAAGGGAAUACGACAACGGCGUGCGAGGGCAGUCAGCUGUCUCUUUCCACUACACUAUUAUUCAUCAACUGAGCCUUUACUAUUUCGAGCAGUCUAUAAAGCUACAGAAUUCUGGGGAGACUCUUUCCAAAUUGGUCGAAUUAACCCAGUGUUUCCGCUUUCCUGGAAUACUUGGCAUAACUGCAGCCGACACGCAUCUUGCCAUGUACCAUGCUCUUCGUGGCGAUCGAGCGGCGGCCAAAGAGCAACUGAGGCAAUACAUGCGGAUCGCGUUCGAUAACCUAUCUGACGAAACUGAUGAGAACGACUAUUGGGCCGCUUAUACUUUAUCCAGAUGCUUAGUAGCCAGCGGAGACGAUCUAAACGCAUUGACAGCUUGGUCCUUACUUGAGCCUAUUGAAACGGAUGUUAUAACGAAAGCAUUCAAGAGCGAAGGAGGGCCUCAGCAAUCGCUGAUUGAUGAGCUCACUGAGUUUGUAAAAGCAAAAUGCCCCUUUGGAGCCACCCAGGUCGAGAGAAUCAAGGCAGUUCAAGAAGAAUUAGAGGCACGGAUGGCCGCACUUGUCCAGGAAGACAAUCGCUCCGAGGCAAAGGAAGAUAUUCAGAAGGCACAAAAUGUGCUGCAAUCAGCUCUGAUAUUGAAAGAAACCUCAGCUAACGAUGUUACUGGAGAGACGCAUAUCACACCUUUGGACACAUGGGAUUUUGAUCACGCAUUGAAUUCGUGCAAAUACUGCUGGGACGUGGGAUUCUGCGACGACUGCCUUUCACUAUUGAAGGACGGUAAACUAAAGAAACUUAUAUGCAGCGCCGACCAUGAAUGGUUGGCGAUUCCAAAGUACAAUCCGAGAGGAAACAUGGCAGCACGAGAGGGCACGGUGCAAGUACGCGGAGAGUUGGUCAAGGGUGUUCGAGUGGGAGGUGAGCUUGUAACAGUCAAAGAAUGGAUGGGCCUGUUAAAGGAAGAGUGGGAAAUAUGA